AUGCCAUGGAGACAUUUACACGGUCUGAAUUCAUGCAUGGAAGAUUAUCAUCGAUAUGAGGAUUACAUCUCAGCUCAGCAUACCAUCCCCAAAACUGACCCGGUUGCUCUCUACACAGACGAAGGAAUCUACGGCCGCGUUGUUGAUGCCGAAGAUGUUGAGAGCUGGACGAACCUACACGCAUUCACAGCCAAACUAUUCGGCUUGGGACUCAUUCACUGGAAGUACAUUGGAACUCUGAUCUUCCACGAUGCCCUCGAGCAAACCAGUACUGGCCAAUAUCAGGAGGCCAUUAUCCAGGCCAUGGCUCAAUGGGUUCGUCAUGCUGGAGAGGCCAUGUCCCUCAUAUUGCGCCGCCAGGAAGCUGCGGCCAAAUUCAAAGGCGCUGACACAACGGGUAAAUUGUGCUUGGGCUCGGCUAGCUUCUGUGCAGGACGAUGGCUUUUCUAG